UGGGGGGGGAAGCAGGGAAUCCUUUCCGCGCUGGAGUCAGAGGUCCGUACCAUGGAGCCGAUCCCGGAUGUGUCUCCUGGGCCUUCCCGAUCUUUCAAGGAAGAGCUGCUGUGUGCCGUGUGCUACGACCCCUUCCGCGACGCGGUGACUCUGCGCUGCGGCCACAACUUCUGCCGCGAGUGCGUGAGCCGCUGCUGGGAGGUGCAGGUGGUACCCGCCUGCCCGGUGUGCAAGGACCGUGCGUCGCCCUCCGACCUGCGCACCAACCACACCCUCAACAAUCUGGUGGAGAAACUGCUGCACGAGGAGGCCGAGGGCGCUCCCUGGACGGGGCGCCACUCCCAGCGCCUCUGUCGCCCGCACCGUGGCCAGUUGAGCCUCUUCUGCCUCGAAGACAAGGAGCUGUUGUGUUGUUCGUGCCAGGCCGACCCGCGGCACCAGGGCCACCGCGUGCAGCCAGUGAAGGACACUGCCCUCGACUUUCGGGCCAAGUGCAGGAACAUGGAGCAUACGCUGCGGGAAAAGGCCAAGGCCUUUUGGGCCAUGCGGCGUUCCUAUGAGGCUGUCGCCAAGCACAAUCAGGGGGAGGCCGCCUGGCUGGAAAGUCGCAUCCGGCAGGAGUUCGGCAAGCUGCGUGAGUUCCUGAGAGUGGAGGAGCAGGCCAUCCUAGACGCCAUGGCCCUCGAGACCAGGCAGAAGCAGCUUCUGGCUGAGGAGAAAAUGAAACAGCUCAGAGAGGAGACGGAGGCCUUGGCCCGUGAGAUUGAGCGUCUGCAGAUGGAGAUGAAGGAAGAUGAUGUUUCUUUUCUCAUGAAACACAAGAGCCGAAAACGCCGACUCUUAUGUACCUCGGAGCCAGAGCCUGUGCAGCCCGACAUGCUCAUCGACGUCUGCAAGUAUCUGGGCUCCCUGCAGUACCGUGUCUGGAAAAAGAUGGUCACGUCUGUCGAAUCUGUGCCCUUCAGCUUGGAUCCCAACACCGCGGCUGGCUGGCUGUCAGUGUCCGACGACCUCUCCAGCGUCACCAACCACGGCUACCGCGUGCAGGUGGAGAACCCCGAGCGCUUCUCCUCGGCGCCCUGCCUGCUGGGCUCCCGCGUCUUCUCGCAGGGCUCCCACGCCUGGGAGGUGGCGCUGGGGGGGCUGCCAAGCUGGCGGGUGGGUGUGAUGCGCGUCCGACAGGACUCGGAGGGCCACUCACACAGCUGCUACCACGACACGCGCUCGGGCUUCUGGUACGUGUGCCGCACGCAGGGCGUGGAGGGGGACCACUGCGUGACCUCGGACCCCACCUCGUCGCCGCUGGUCCUGCCCAUCCCGCGCCGCCUGCGUGUAGAGCUGGAGUGCGAGGAGGGCGAGCUGUCCUUUUACGACAUCGAGCGCCAGUGCCACCUGUACACCUUCCACGCCUGCUUCGGGCCCGUGCGGCCCUACUUCUACCUGGGCGGCAUGCGUGGGGAAGGCCCCCUGGAGCCACUGCGCAUCUGCCCUCUGCGCGUCAGCAUCAAGGAGGAGCUGGACAGCUGAGCCCCGGGCGCCGCCCUAGUGCCACCACCUGUUUCUUCUUCUGCCCCUUCCUGAGGCCUCAGUGUCCUGGGCACUGCUCUUCCCCACCUUCUUGCCAGGUUCUUCGUCCUGUCCUAUCUGGUCAUUUCCAGUGACUCCAGCCUCUGGCCUCUCUGGUGGCUUCUCUGCCCACUAUAGCACCAUCCAGGAGGCCCCUGGUUGGGCUGGGCUCUUCCCAGAAGUCCUGGCACCUUCAGGAGACGAAUUUUCUGAAUCCUCAUUCCAGGAUUUCCAGGGAUACUGUUUGCUUCCAGAAUGGGACUGUUGUAAGAUGUAGGUUUUACUGUUGUCCCAGUAUUUUGAGACCAGCUGACCUGAAGAGGACUGCCAUAUUGCUCACGGUUCUCUGGAGGAGGGGGGAGGCCAGAAAGCACCAGGUUGGUCAGAAGGUGGGGGUGAGGAGCAUGUGGGCCAGAGGCUGUACCGUGGUUUUCUCAGGAAGGAGUGGGCAGGGCAGGGUAGACGGCUCAGGACCCACUGAUACUGGCACUGGGAUGGUUCAUUAUCCCCACAAGGGGGUACUGGCCUGGAUCAUGAUUACGAGAGGUGGAGGGGGAAGGCUCUGGCUGGCUGGGCCUGCUGCAGCCUAGGUGCUUGCUAUCUACUCGCGGGCUAGCCUGGGAGGGGCAGGUCCUCCAGGGCCAGGGAAGCUCCAGGUGCCGGAGCAUCAGGAAUACAGUAAGGAAGAAAACGCAGUGAAUGUGGGGCUGCUGCCGCAGCCGGGGCUCGGGGCUUGGGGCUCGGGGCUCAGCUUGUCUUUUACUUUAUGUCAGUAUCUUAAGACCUUGCGAUGGGUCUUCCAUUCCCGUUGGAUCAGCUCUGAUUUAUGUUUAUAGUUCUUGGAUGAGAACAGAGGGUUCUGGAGCACUUAGAAACAAAAUUUUAAAACAGUGAUGUCAGCCUUGUUCCCCCUCUGGGCCUCAGAGUUCUCAUUGGUACAUGAGCUGGGAGGACAAGGACAGCCUUCUGUAAUUACUAUGGUUAAUUCUCACAGUCUGACAGAGGAAAGAAGAGAGGGCCCUUUCCAGUUAGGAAGGAGGGAAAGGGAUGCGCUUGGGAGACAGUGGUUGUGGCCCUGGACGCUGUGGGAGAGGGGACAGAGGCAGGUGCUGCCCCGGGGGCCUUGCCACUUUCUCAUCUCUCCAGCCUGCUCCUUCUUGCUCUGCUACUUAGGUUUUCAUCCCAAAUUUCUCCUUCCUCCACUGUGCCUACAGACUCGUAUCUGCGCUUAUCUCACAUGUGCCUCCAGAGAGUGUUUAAUUUUCGAAUCACUGUGGUAAAAAGAAAUAUUUUCCCGUUAGAGCAGUGUUAAAAUUGCGGCGUGUUCCUGGCCAAAGUCUCAGGGUCCCACCUCCUGCCUGUACCCCCAGUUCACAACACUGACAUAUCCAACAAAUUAUGGCUCACACUUGUUAUUGGGGAUAAAUGUAUCCUCACAUUGGUUGUAAAACAAGUAGGACCAGGGAGGAAAUGGCACCAUGUGAAGUGGGCGGGGCUGGGAGUGGCGAGGGAGCACAUGAGCCUGGGGGAAGAUCCUUCAGACACUUUGGUAGCCACAGGUUUGGGCACCCUCUGCUACAAAGUAUCCAGCCCAUCAAAUAGAAUUUCUUUAUAAUAAACUUGACCUGAAAUUAUUUCAUCAAUAAUAGUAAACUUUUUGUUCUUUAACUUGGGUCUUGGUAUGCAUAUAAUAAACUUUUAAAAUUUUUUCUUAUUUUUACCUUAGAUGUCAGAAAAGGUUCUUUUUUUCUAAAACAGGAUAAUUUUUAGAAUAGCCUAGGCCUCUUUAUUAAAAAAAAAAAGAUAUUUGAGCUUAAACCCUUUAUGCCUUAUGACAUUUCCUUUGAGUGUUUAUAUAAACAGAAGUUCUUCCCUGUUGUAGCAGGUGUCUGCCUUUAUUCCCUUCUAUUGUUGGGUAAUGUUCUAUUGUAUGGGUGAUAUACACUGUUACCUUUUAUAUAUCUGUUCAGUAGUUGAUGGACAUUCAGGUUGUUUCUGUGUUUCAACUAUCACAAAUAUUGCUGCUAUGAACAUUCAUGUACAAGUUUUUGUGUGAACAUGUUUUUAGUUCUUUCUGGUGCACGUCUAGGUUUGCUGAAUCAUAUAGUAACUCUGUUCAACUCUUUAAGGGUUGCCAACCUGAUUUCCAGUGGCUGCAGCAUUUUACAUUCCCAUGAGCUGUGUGUGAAUGUUCUGAUUGCCCCACAUCCUUGUCAACACUUGUUAUCUUCUGCCUUUUAACUUAGCCAUCCUAGGGGUGAUGAUUUGCAUCCCCGGGGAUGGGGUUUUGAUUUGCGUUUCUCUGAUGGCUGAUGGUACCAAGCAUCUUUUCUUGUGCUUAUUGGCCAUUGGUAUAUCUUCUCAAGAGGACUGUUUUUAGUUCCUUUGCUCAUUUUUAAAUGGGUUUUCUUUAUUAUUAGAGUUGUAAGAGUUCUUUCUAUAUUCUAGUUAUUAGUCCCUUUAUCAAACAUGUGAUUUAUAAAACAACUCUGUCAUUCUGUAAGCUGUUUAUUGAUGCUGUUUUUUGAGACACUAAAGGUUUUAAUUUUGACAAUA